AUGGUGGAGGACUACUACGCAGUUCUUGGGAUCCCUCGAACAGCUGAUGGCGCCACUAUAACGAGCCAGUAUCGCCGGUUGGCAUUGCAGACCCACCCUGAUAAGAAUAGAUUCGAUCCCAAUGCAACCACGAACUUUCAACUGGUGGCGACUGCGUAUGAAACCCUCAAAGAUCCGUCAAGGCGCCGGGCCUAUGACAGCAAGUGCGUAACCGAGGCUACUUCGAAUCCUUUUCACUCCUCGACGCCAGCAUCUAGAAAGCCACCCACGAGCUGCAUGAAUUGCUACACAUCACCCUGGGGGCGAAAGAUAGAUGAACUGCAGACAAAGCUGGAAGAGCUUGAGGAUCGGCAUUCGUCUCUAUGGGAAGGACGGGAUUAUGUCCGUCCCCAUAUCACUGCCACACAGAAAGCUAUAGAACAGCUUGAUGCAGAAGUUGUUGAAGACGAUAUGCAGGAGAAGUCGGCCAAGACUUGGUUCGCACGUCUUUUCCGAGCUAAAGAGUCAAAGGAAUUGAUGGUGUGCAUCGCAAGGCGCAGAACGGAACGAGCGACAGGACGACUAGUUCUCGAGGCGAGACGAAAUUACUUGAACAAUAAGUUUGAUGUUCUUGACAGAGCCAUCAAGGAGACUCGGAGGGAGAUAUGUGACGUGAAAGAUCAGGUCAGUGAGGCCAAACGCAGUGAGGCAAAGUGGUUGGCUCAAGAGGACUACCGCGAGCAAAUUGAACGGUUGCGUCAGCGGGCGGACGAGUUGGAGAGAUUUAGGUAUCAACGGGCCAAAGAAUGGCGCAAGGAGAAAGAUGAGAAACGCGCGGCGCGAAUGAAGAAACACGGAGCACAGAGAAGUGAAGCAGAAGUACCACGGCAAACACAGACUGAGCACCAGUGA